CAGUGAGGGCUGAUAAUGAAAAGAUCUUUACACCUCAACAAGGCAAAGAUCACUGCCAGCAUCCACUGGAAAUACUUUAUUGGUCAAGCUUGUGGUAAAUCUGACACCUAUACCAAUAACACUGGGUGCAAGAGAAGCUGGAAGGCUGCAGCCAUGUCUGAUAAGGGCCGCGACGUCGAUUUAACAAGAGCCAAACAAAACACCGGCGUUUGGUUAGUGAAGAUUCCCAAGUAUCUUUCACAACAGUGGGGCAAAGCAUCUGGACGAGGAGAAGUUGGCAAGCUUAAAAUAACUAAACAACAAGGAAAAACAAUGGUGUCGUUCAAUCUAAAUGAAGAGCUAAGUGUGAUUGAACAUUCGGGGGAGAAGACCACGUCUGUGAGAGCACCCAGAGAACAUCCAUUUACCAUGCAUAGUGUGGGGGGUCAGACCCUGGCUGUCUUUACUGAGAGCUCCUCAGACCAGAUUACACUCGAAGGCAUGGUGGUACAACGUGCUGAAUGCAGACCUGCAGUCAGUGAGAGCUACAUGAAGUUAAAGAAGCUUCAGAUCGAGAAAUCAAUGAAGCCACUCCGACUGUCUCAGCAACUGGAAAAAGCAAUUACCACCAAUUACAAACCUGUGUCUAAUCACACGAAUAAUAUGGAGUAUGAGAAGAAAAAAAAAGAGGAGGGCAAGAGAGCCAGGGCUGACAAGCAGAAAGUUCUGGAAAUGCUCUUCUCUGCUUUCGAGAAACACCAGUUUUACAACAUUAAAGACUUGGUGGAGAUCACUAAGCAACCUGUGAUUUACCUGAAAGAAAUUCUGCGUGAAAUUGGAGUUUACAAUCCCAGAGGGCCACACAAAAGCACUUGGGAGCUGAAACCAGAAUAUCGCCACUACCAAGAAGGGGAAAAUGAAGAUGAAAAGAUGUCAUAACUGUGCUGGAUGCACAAAUACAAUAAAAACACAUUAUUUGUUUAAUUAUUAUUAUUUUUUUUUUUUUCAUUUUUGCCAGUUACUUUUGUUUGGGCAAUUGAUGUCAUUAGAUUUUUUUAAUUCUAAACAAAAAUUUAAAUAAAUGUAUACUU